UAAAAAUACAUAGUAGAUCUACGUUAAACUAAGCAAACUAUAGCAUUUCAUUUUGUACAGUGUACUAUUAUAGAUGCCUAUGACAAGUGAACAAUUAAACAAAAAGAAUCCUAAACUUAAAUGUCCAGCUUAAUUUACUUUCUAAAGUUUCAAAUUAAGUGUAAAAGACAACUCCAAAGACGCUUCUAAUAACUGGAUCUGGCAACACAAUGGCUGCGCCUGCGCUCUCACUCACAGCUCUCUCAGGCCUCGUUCACUCCAGCAGCGUUAAACACUGACGUUAAACAUUCUUCUAAACUUAAUUAUACAUGCAGACACUUAUAUGAGUACUGUUAAACAGUACAUUAAUCAAUUAAUGAACAAAUGUGAUUUUUGAAAAUAUUUUUUUACCGAGGUCCGGACCUCCGUGACCGAAGCUGGAUAAAACUCCACGUGUAACCACUUGGCUAAAAAGUGCAAUGCACUUUUGUUACGUUUUAUUAACAGUGCGCAAAACACAACCCCCACGUCUCUCAUCUAUUUCACAUCCAUAGGCUUGCUGAUCGAUUAUAUUUGUUUUCUUCUGUUUGACUCCCUAACCUACAUAAUUUAACGACCUUACAUAGUUUGCUAAAAAUACAUCACAACAUUAGCAUACUGACAAUACCUCGCCCAACAUGUAUACUAAAAACAUGUACAUUGAACAAAUAUCCUUAAUAAUGCUUAAUUACAUACAAAACAGAUUCCCAUUAUUACUUAGCACAUGUGAACUAAACAGCCUAUUUGUAUUAUCCAAAAGAUUGUAUUAUAAUAUUUUUACACGACUCACCAACGCUUAUCACUCCGACACAUACACGCCAAACUUCGGUAACCCGUACGCGUCUUCUUCUUGUAUAUUUGAAUGACGGUUGGCAUACAACGUGAAGGUGUAUUACCGCCACCUGCUGGUUAGGAGUGUGAGCCAAGUUCGCAAAACCCUUUUCCUCGCGUUCGCUGCCUGAUUAUUCAAAUUAUAUAGCCUAUAAUCCUUGACAACCAUAUAUAUAUAAAUUUAUUUUUUCAAUAGCUGAAAAUAAUGAAAUUGACUAAUUUACGAUUACGAUGGGUGCUCUUCAUUAUCAUUAUGAGUAUUAUUCUUCUUUCUAACAAGAAGAAGAAAAAAGUCAGGCAAAUCUACUAAUGCCUUCUUCUCAGGACCCAUUACCGCAAUGAGCCAGUUGCAUAUCUCCGCCAUCUUGUGCACCUAGGCCAUACAGACGCAUACACUACAGACACACCUACAGGAAAUCCAUUUCACAGAAUGGCUACUCCAUAUACUCGUCCAUCAAGAAUUACAUGCAAAUGCAUUCAGACCCGUUUGGUAAAUAAAGCAGAAACAUUCAUAUACACAAAAUCUAAAAUUGAACCUGCAACAUACAGGACAACGUCAGUCUGUGCCCUCACUGAUAAUGCCAACACCUACCUACACAAAAGAUCUGGCCCAGACCCCGAAUUUGAGGAAGGAGCUAGCUACAUUUUAAAGAAUGUGACCGUCUCUACCAGAGAUGGGCAAGCCCAUUUGCUAGUCGGGCCAGCAACACAGAAAUUUCGCACAGCUCCACUUGUGGUCACAGAGGAUGCAGUAAAAGCUGCACAAGAUGCACUCUGUCCACCCUCUACACCCAUGUCUGGCAACGAAGACAACGUGUAUUCAACGCAUGGAUAUAUAACUCUUCAAGGCCAAGUGAAAAAACUACAAAAAGUGAGGAUGACACGAUCAUCAAUUCCCAUUUUAAAUAUAAAGCUGCUGUGUGGUGCUGACCAACUUGAUAUCUCCCUGUGGAAAGAAGAAGCUCUCUGUGGCUUACACAUUGGAGACGACGUAGAGAUCACCCACCUUUAUAGUGACAAGGUGCCUCGAGGAAGAGAAAGUUUUCAUUCCUCUCAGUACACAACUGUUAAGAUUAAGGAGACUCCGCAGACAAAACAAGAAAUUGAAAUUCUGGGAGUAUCUCAAUCAGAAGACACCUACACUCUUCUCAGCACUGAUGACGAAGUCUACACAGUUUCUGCAGAGUUCUACACUGGAAACUUCACCAGUUUCAUUGAGGAAUUACCCAUGAAGAUUCUUGUGGAACAUAUCAACAACCGAAUCGUUGGUGUCACACCACUACUUUAAGCUUCUCCUCCUAACCUGAACUCUUACAA